GUCGUAUUAUUCGUACCGGCGCCGCUCGAGGUUCUGAUGUAUUUGGAGAAAUCAAUACUUCACCGCAAAGAAAUUGUAUCUAGAGUGUAGUUCUGUUACUAUAACACGUACGAAAGUCGCUCGCCCACAUUGUGCAUAUGCACAAUGUUUCUUUGAAAACGCUAGCACAAUGGUUCUUAGCGUACUUGCCGUGUCUGUAGCGAUAUCUGCAACAGUGGUAGCGCCUUUUGGCUACAACACAUCGCCUCAUAGUUUGGCAUCGACAUCCCGUCGUGAGGUGGAGCUCGUGUGCACCGACGAGGAGAAAGAGUGGGUGUAUAAGCCUGACAAUAUGAAUCGCGACUGCGGCCCUACAUGCAAGGAUGUUGCCUGUCAGGAAACUAAUGUUUCAUGUGGGGACUACGGAGAAGUGACCGAAGAGCGGUGUGGACUCAUUGUCGAUCCAAAGGACCAACAGAGCGGAGAAUACGACGAUCAGCGCUGUGGAGGUAACUGUACGAGCACUACAGGGCAAGCCGAAAUGAAUUGAUGUUGUUGACUUUUGAUGAAUUGGUUGUUAACUCGCCAUCAUCAGCAACUAUCGUGUUAAUACACAUCCCUGCACAAUUUCAAGACUCGAUUUUUCCAUUUAUCUGACUUUGCAACGUUCCUCUGGUUCCUGUCUGCUUCGUGUCCGGCCUUUGUCAUUCGAUUGGUUGCUUUAUCAAUUAGUGUGCUAAUCUCAGCUUGUUCUGUGCUCGUACCGCACACUCUCACCAACCACUUGCCUGUUUGCCGCAUGAUCUGGCGACUAGUGUUUCACUGCUGCCCAACAGGCCCGGAAUGCACGCGUCGCUGGAGCUCUCCGUUCGACCGCUCACCGGUCGUCUUGAAGUGAGGGCACAAGCGCCGGUGGGACUAAACAAUACAUGAAAUUGCGACUGAAGCGGGAAUGGGUCGAUAUCGGAUAACGUAACGACAAACUUGUACGGUCGCUGUGUCGCUGUGAGAGAUAAAGUUCGCUAUUCAUCCCGGGUUGGUCACGGUGCAACUAUUGUUAAGGUGAUUUUACAACCAAGACUAAUAACUUGCUCUGACACUUCAAGAUCGCGGGUAUCCAGUUGUUUACGACAUCAAUUUGCAUGAUACUGUGGUCAUUUGAUACACGUUGAGCACACUCAGGAUGCUUUCUGUGUUUAUGGCAAUAUUGGGCCACGAACAAAAUUAUGAUGGUACUUGUUCAGCAAAUUACAUAUACCCUAAAACCCUGGAUGAGUGACUCUUUGUGGCUCAAUUGUCAAAGCUCUCCGAGAACCAACC